AUGUCGUCUACAAUCGCGUCUUCGCCAAUCGACGGAGCCCAAGAGUCGGAUUUUAUAGACUCUCGCAAUCCUUCCCGCCAAACCUCGUACCACGAAAACGAUCUACCCGCUUUCUCACCCCAGAAUUACAUCUGGCCAGCACCGCUGCUACCCGUCAACCAAUUCACCCUCCAACAUGUUCAGUCUCUUGAAAGCGUGCCCACCGCUCUCAGUGCACCAUCGUCUCUCAUCUCGGAUCCGUCUAUCCCAUACUAUGCAGCAUAUCCACCAAUCUUGCCUGCAGAUCCCAGCGAUUCCUUUGCCAUGUGCCAGCAGGCUGGUCCUUGGACUACCCUCUCCUCGGACACGGCCAGUGUAGACCUGAUCCCCGACCUCCACGCAGGCCUACACCGAACGGACUCGGAUUUGAGUGCGGAUUCACUCAGGAGGAAUGCUUGCGCCUCAUUUCCUGUUGAAAAGCGCUCCAAAAGCCCAUUGAAAGGAGACUCAGAUCAUGCCUCCCGCAGCCGGUCGAUUGUUGGCCUCGUGUCCCCUCCCCCUGAUGCGGGCGUGAAGAAAUUACGGAAAUCCGUUCGUGGAUGUUCGUCACGAAGACAUUCUAUUGCCUUGACUCCGUCGGCAGCCAAUAUCAAGGCUUCGAUGGAUGUCCACGCUCGCAGGCACUCGCCCCCUGCUAAAGAGGAAGUCGUGUCUAACGAUGAGCUGCUAAGCUCGGAGGAUGAAGACAGUCGUCACAGACCAAAAAAUGCAGGAAAGGAGUUUACUUUUGCCUGCCCCUUUUACAGGAGAUGGCCAACCCGGCAUAUUGAAUGCAUGAGUCGCAAACUUACGCGCAUUCAGGAUGUCAAGCAACACAUAUACCGACGGCACUCAAAGCCGCCCUUUUACUGCCCAACUUGCGCCAAGGUCUUUGUUUCUCCGGAUCCGAGGGAUGACCACAUACGACAGGCUUCCUGCAGACCAGUAACGGCAUCUUCCAAACGCAGUAGUGAUGGAAUCUCGGCCCAGGUCCAGGACUCUCUCAAGAACCGCUUUGCCCGCAAACUCAGCGCGGUUGAACAGUGGUAUGGAAUAUGGGACCUUGUGUUCCCAGGGGAAGCAGCACCGCCCAAUGCCUACGUCGGGAGCGUAGUCACCGAGAUGCUCAGCAUGCUCAACGACUUUUGGAAAAACGAAGGCCAGCGCAUCCUCCCGAGCAUUCCGAAGCCGAAAACGGGCCGGAGUCUUGCAGAUGAAGACCUGCAGAUGUUGAUGACACAUAUGCUGGACAAGGUGAAAGACCACUUUGAAGAUGAGCCCGACCUAGCAGAUGCGACAGCCGCGGAUGGUGCGGACAGCCAGAUGGACCAGGUGAUGGACAGCUCGCCGGUGGAUGGCGAAUUUGGUACGUUUGCGGAAUAUGAAGAAACCAGUUAUGAGCCAAGUCGGUCGAGCGGCUGGGAAACCGUCGCCUAUUCUCCGAAUCGCUCGCCACUCAUGAUGAUGGGCGGGCGCAUCGUCGAGUCGACCACGGACCUUGGUAGUUCAGGAAUGCUAGUUGAACAUCAUCAACCUUUUACUGAGCAGUUGUGGACGAAUAAUGCCAUGACGAAUCAUCUUGUGAAUGGGUUUCAAUGA